ACCAACAUUGUGUACACCGUCAAGGCCAUCCCUCAAGAAAAAUGCCCAGGGCCCCGCGGAAUCACAGCAAGACAUACAAAGUCCCUCGUCGCCCAUUCGGUUCAGCUCGCCUCGAUGCUGAGUUGAAGCUUGCUGGCGAGUACGGUCUACGAAACAAGCGUGAGAUCUGGCGUAUCGGUCUCAUCCUUUCCAAAAUCCGUCGUGCAGCCCGUGAGCUGCUCAAACUUGAUGACAAAGAUCCCAAGCGUCUCUUCGAGGGUAACGCCCUCAUUCGUCGGCUCGUUCGGAUCGGUGUGUUGGACGAGACACGCAUGCGUCUGGAUUACGUGUUGGCAUUGAAGGUGGAGGAUUUCUUAGAACGUCGUCUCCAAACACAGGUCUUCAAGACCAACCUCGCAAAGAGCAUUCACCACGCCCGUGUUUUGAUCAGACAACGUCACAUCCGCGUCGGCAAGCAAAUCGUCAACAUCCCAUCGUUCGUCGUCCGUCUUGACUCCCAGAAGCACAUCGACUUCGCUCUUACAUCGCCAUACGGAGGUGGACGCCCCGGCCGCGUCAAGCGCAAACGCGCUGCCGCUGCCGCCAAGCGGGAAGAGGGUGGCGAGGAGGAGGAGGAAGAGUAAAUUUUUCUGCGCGUUUAUCUCGGUUUCUAUGUCAUUUUCACAUUUAUGUCGUCCCCAUGCUAUGGGCACAUGCAAAACAACCUUUUGACGCGCUCGAUGUGACAUCGCGCAAAGCAACUUGCUGCCACAGAACUGAAAUCGGCGGGGUGGCUCGUAGCGUACGGACUCGACUUGUACGAGUAUCUUGACUGAACAACUUAUCGUUUGCCAAAAGCUGCAAUUUCACCUUAUAUGUUCAGUGAUCAAA